GGCGACCAAUGGGCGGCGGUGGGCGGGUUCCGAGGUGCGGCGGCUCAAGUUGCUGUGGCGGGUAGGGGCUGUGGAAAACAAGAGGCUGUAAGUGCGCCGCCGGGAAAUCAGUCCGCAGGAGCCGCGCAGGGAGCAGGGCUCGCGCCGCUGCCGUUCAGUCCCUUCAGCCAGGCAAGGCCGCGCGGCCCCUGCCGCCGUCGGGACCCGCCGCCGAGCUCGCCAUGGGCAAGGGCGACCCCAACAAGCCGCGGGGCAAGAUGUCCUCGUACGCGUACUUCGUGCAGACAUGCCGCGAGGAGCACAAGAAGAAGCACCCGGACUCGUCAGUCAACUUCGCCGAGUUCUCGCGGAAGUGCUCGGAGCGGUGGAAGACGAUGUCCAGCAAGGAGAAGGGGAAGUUUGAGGAGAUGGCCAAGGGAGAUAAAGCUCGCUACGACAGGGAGAUGAAGAACUACGUUCCUCCCAAAGGAGAGAAGAAGGGAAAGAAGAAGGACCCCAACGCUCCUAAAAGACCACCAUCUGCAUUCUUCCUUUUCUGUUCCGAACACCGUCCGAAAAUCAAAAAUGAUCAUCCCGGCUUGUCUAUUGGAGACACAGCAAAGAAGUUAGGUGAAAUGUGGUCUGAACAGUCGGCCAAGGACAAGCAACCCUAUGAACAGAAGGCCGCAAAGCUAAAGGAGAAGUAUGAAAAGGAUAUUGCAGCGUAUCGUGCCAAGAGCAAGAGUGAUGCAGGAAAAAAGGGCCCAGGUAGGCCUGCAGGAUCUAAGAAGAAAGCAGAACCAGAAGAGGAGGAGGAGGAGGAGGAAGAUGAGGAAGAAGAGGAAGAAGAAGAGGAUGAGGAGUAAAUGAAUGUCCUGCUGUAAAGAUUUAUGCUCAAAAUCCAAUAUUUUGCUAAGAAUGUGAACUCAAGUGCAGCUCAUUGUUAGCUUCAGUAUAAAAAUCUGUACAGAUUGUGUAUAGGUAAUGUGGUUCUUUGUAGGGAGACCUCUAUUUCUAAUGUAAGUAGCAGCUGAGUGCUGCUACAGUUCAGUUUUAAAAGAGAAAGUUGUGGAAUGUUUCUGCAUAUUUAAUGGUUUUGUUGAAAUUCAGUGAAUGAUAGCCAGGUGUUUUUUUUUUUUUUAGCUAAG